AUGGUUGGCUUCUACAUGCAGUACCUGGAGAGUCUUUGCCGCCGGCGUGGAUGGCACGACCCCAGCUACGAGUGCUACCGCGACAGCAGCGGCUACACUUGCCUGGUUCUGGUGAAUGGCCGUGAGUACCAGACGGACCUUGCAUACGAAUCCGGGAACCUGGCCCAGGAAAACGCAGCCAUGCGUGCUUUUAUGGUUUGCCGGAAUUUUUCAGUCAAUGGUGGCAUGCUUGCCCGCAACGGGAUCGUCCAGGGGCUGCCUGCCGACGACAGCAGCGUUCGCAAGUCUCGGAAGAGCAGCCGGCACCACCCGUCUACAAGCCACCGCAGGUCUGGACACCACUCCAGCAGCAGUUCGACCACCUCUUUGGAGUGAUUGCCAGAGGAGCCACGUUUCCGCGUGGUGGGAGCAGGGUGGACGUUGGGAUUCGCUGAAUCGCCAUGUCUGCCUGCCCCCUUUUGGACCGAACCAUUGCCCAGCUUGUGGAACAGAUCCCGGGCGACCACUACCACCUGGACAUUGGACUGUUAUUCCCCCAAUUAAAAUCGGAGAAGGCUUCACAGCGAAACACAGUGAGCGAGACCCGCAGAUGAUACCUGGAUGGUACUGUCCAGUUUUCAUCCGGGAUCGUUGAAUUGGUCAGCGGCACAGCGGACUUGAUGGAAUUUUCCACAAAAAAAACCACUCUUGCAUUCUCACGAAAUGACGAAACGAUAUUUACGACGACAUAGACAAGCUCGAGCUUUAGCGACCUUUUUUUACCCCAUCCCGAGCCUGCCUGGUUCCGGCUUUGGCUUCCCUGAUCAUAUCCACGGUGCAUAUUUUGGAUUUCUGUUUUGAUGACUUUCGCUUCAUUUACAAAAGACACGGAGACACUUUUUUCUUCACACACUUUUCCAGCUGGGUAUGACAGGACCAGCCGGUUGGGUUUGUGGGAGAAGGUCUGAGCUAACUGGACACUUGGGGGCAACUCUGGGUGGCCGCAAACACCUCACUGGGCAGCAAACAUAUCGAGUUUUCUUGCCUCUGGAUGGAUUAUUACUCUUGGACCAGGGAUCUGGCUUACGAUUUGGUCUGGAGUUUUCUACUCUUUUUUUUUGUUGCACACUCGGUUUCCUUGUUCGCACCCUGGGCUCAGCCUCUCUCUGUCAAUGCCGGAUUCCUAUUUCACACAAGGAGGAGGACAGAGGAUUUUUUGAACGUCUAACCUGUUCACAACCAUUUCACUGGGCGCUUUUUUAGGCCGUAUGUUCUGGAGAGGGCCGUUGUUAUGUAGCGGAAGGGGGCAUUGGACGCUGGAGUUGCGAGGAGUUUUUUCAAAGACUGGAAAGAAAAAGGUGGAGGAAUUCACGUUCUGGCAUCAGCGGGAGGCACCAUUAAGAACCGCCUUUUCUAUGCCCCCUUUUUGAAUGAUUGUGGUGGUGAUGAUGAUGAUGAUGAUGAUGAUGAUGAUGGUAGUGGUUUAGUCUUUUUCUUUCUUUUCUUUUUACGUUUACGACAUGAUGAUGAAUAUGAUGACCCUUUUAACGACACCGUUUAUGAUGACAAAAAGAGGUGGAUUGAUCAGAGAAAGCAGAGACAAUUUUGAUGAUUUGAGAAGAAAGAUUUAUCACCGGAGAAACGAAUACACGGAUUUGAGCACAUGGCUGAAUCUCCUGAU